AUGUCGAAAUUUAUUUGUGCAACAUCAACAACAAGAAAUAUAAAUUCAUCAUCACAUCAUCGAAAUCGACCAAAAUAUAUUUCACCAUUAGAAAAAUUGGAUGAACGAACAAAAAAUUGGCAACCUGGACGAGUACAAGAAGAAAAUCGAUUAAAACGACUUUAUGAACAAGGUAAAUGUGAUAUUUUUCAACCAUUAUCUUCUUAUAGGUAUUACCAUAUUCAUAAAAAUACACCUAUUGAUUUACUCGAUGAUUUAAUUGA